ACCUCGACCAGUGUAGUGUUGUCUGUCAAGUUGUUCGUACUUUACCGAAACUCAGUUGAAAAUGAUGUGCAAAAUUGCAGCCUUUGCCGUACUAGCCCUCUGCUUCAGCCAAGGCUCGGCACUGAAAUGUCACUCGUGUACCUCCGUCACAGACCCCAAGUGCGGUGACCCGAUAGACAGCAGUCUGCCCCUGACAGAGUGUACACCAGAUGUGCUGAAGGAGGCUGGCAACUUGUUGAAGGGCGCUGCCGACGCUGUGUCUGGCCUCUUUGGCAAGGUGGGCAUCGACACAAACUUUCAAGUGCCGGACGCCAACGCUGCCUUUGCCUGCGCCAAGGCUGUCAAGCAGGACGGUGACAAGAGGGUGGUUGUCAGAAGCUGCAGUAUCCCAAAAAACGAGAAGUUUGACAUGUGCACCCAGAUGAAGGCUACUGGAUCUCUCGUGACGUUCUGUGAGACUUGCGACUCCGACGGCUGCAACGGAGCGUCAGGUCUCGCCUCCUCCUCACUUCUGAUGGCACUACUGGUAGCCCUGGUGGCCUAUCUUACCAAGCAGUAGACACCACAGAGGCCAACUUACAAAAAUCAGCUGAUCGAAAUUAGGUUUACCUUUAAGCAUAAGGUGAAUCACUGUAGAUACUGAAAUGGAUCUUUAUGUGUGAAAAACAGGGUUGCCACCCAUCCCAAUUCUGUCAAAAAAAGUCCUUUUUUCAGUACUUUAUGCCCAUGUUUGUGUCUAUGUUUAUUGGAGGUGGAAGAGGGGGGAGUGUUCCGAAUUUUCCAACCAAAGAGUGGCGACCGUGGUGUGAAAUGUGAAGAACAUGAUUUUUCUGGUAGUGGUCAAGGAGUUUUAUUUUUUGUGCAAAUACAUUGUAGUUUGAAUUUGAAAAUGUAGGUCUAUCCACAGAGAAGUAAAGCCGGGUUUUCCUAGGAGCGGAAGUGGAGAGCAGAGAGAGGAACGCGGAGAGCGGACUCCACUUGUCUUAGGUAAUUUAAUGUUGCUGUUUUCCUAGAAGCGGAGCGGAAGACCAUGUUAAAUCUCUUUUUCACUCUCCGCGUUCCUCUCAUUGCUCUCUGCUUCCGCGUCUAGGAAAACCAAGCUUAACGUACGGAGGAAACAUUCAAUGGUCAUCCCAUAAGCAAGUUUCCUCUGUACCUCACUUCUCUGUGGUCUACCGAAAAACCAAAAUAAAACUUAUUUUAGGCCUCUCUUGUUCCUUAAAAAACAACACAACUAUUUUGCUGAGAGCAAACUUCAAGAAAACCAGGGGUGCCCAUCCCCC